AUGUUAACAUUACUUUACUAUGUCAAUGCCUGCCCGGCCAUUCCAAAUAAUCCGAUAAAUAGUUUUUUAUUUUCUAGUUUUGAGGAACUCUUUCAUUUCGUAGGCUAUCAUGCUUGGAAAGGAUUAUUUUCUGAAGUUUUGAACUUUUUUGCUACUAUUGUUUGGAACUAUAAUGAUAUCUUAAUAAUGUGUAUUAGUGUCGCAUUAUCAGGCAGGUUCAGGCAGUUAAACGAGUAUAUGGCAGUCGCACUAAGAAGGCCAACGUCUGAAAAAUUUUGGAUACGUAGUCGGGAACAUUACAGAUCACUUUGCCAAUUGUGUGAUAAAGUUGAUGAUGCCGUAUCAUUCAUUACACUUGUUUGCUUCUCUAAUAAUUUAUUUUUUAUAUGUGGAAAAAUUUUGAAGAGUAUUCAGAAGAAACCUUCAAUAGCACAUACAUUAUAUUUCUGGUUUGCUCUGUUCUAUCUGCUUAUACGAACGUUUAUACUCUCACUCUACACUGCCGAAAUUAAUGACGAAUCGAAGCAACCUUUACGUAUAUUUCGAGCCGUAAAACAAGAUUCGUGGUGUCCAGAAGUUAGUAUGAUUUAUAUCUAA